AUGGCGGUGUGUCAGAUGGACUGGGGGCAAUCGGCGUGCACUGUGCUGGGAGGUUACAACGGCACCAUCUUCGCUUAUGGACAGACCUCUUCUGGAAAGACCCACACCAUGGAGGGCAACCUCCACAACCCGCAGCAGAUGGGCAUCAUUCCCCGCAUCGCAGAGGACAUCUUCAACCACAUCUUCUCCAUGGACGAGAACCUGGAGUUCCACAUCAAGGUGUCCUACUUUGAGAUCUACAUGGAGAAAAUCCGGGAUCUUCUGGACGUAACGAAGACCAACCUGUCUGUGCAUGAGGACAAGAACCGCGUCCCUUACGUGAAGGGCUGCACCGAGCGCUUCGUGUCCAGUCCUGAAGAGGUCAUGGACGUCAUCGACGAGGGAAAAUCUAACCGGCACGUCGCUGUCACCACCAAGAACCAGAAGGGCAAGACCUUGUGUCACACAUCUUGGUCAGAGAGAAAGAGUGAGAGAGACCCAUUUCUCAUUGCUUGCCCGAUGGCUAUUGCAGAGUGA